CAUUCUCUAUCCCAAAACCGUGUCUGAAGCUGCUGCUCCAACACUUUACUCUCCAAACACUUUACUUCCAGAUUCCCACUUCACUUUCACUUUCACACAUCUCUUUAAUCUUUUCCUCAAAAACCCAAUCGAACUUUGCCCAAAAAUCUCCAUUUUUUCCAAUUAAAAAUGCCGAUCAACAAAGAACCGGCGACACCACCGAUGAUCGGCAAGAUCGGCCCGUACACCGUCUUUGUUACACCUCCUCCUACACCAAAACCCUCAUUCGAAUCUUCUCCGGUUAAAACCCAGCAGCCGAUUCAGCCGCCGCAGCCCAAAUCGGCCCCGCCGGUUCUUCCCCCGCCGGUUCAGUAUGACAAGUCCGGUUCGGGUUAUGAUUCGAAAUUCGGGUUCUUUUGGGAUGCCGUUGCUAAAGUUCAAAACGCACAUUCAAGUUUGGAUGAUUCUUUGGCGCGUUGGUUCGGGUUGAAUCAAUCGAAAUAUCAGUGGGCUUUGGAUGAUUAUUAUGAAAAGAAGACAGCGGAUCAGGUUGAUGCAAAAGUUAAAGAUGUAUCUGCCAAAACACAAAGUGUGUGACCUAUUUAUUGGGUCAGGAUUGUUGUCGGGCAAGGAACCCUAAGCUCCUUUCCGAUUAUGGUAUGUCUAUAUCUCAAAACAUUGCAUAACGUUAUGAUUUUUCUUAUGGUUAGAUCAAAUCAAGGAUCUCGUCAUGAAUUGUUUACUACUUUUGCUUUUGCAUGUAGAGGCCCGAUGAUCUUAUUAGUGUGAUGAGACCGCGACAUGUAACCUUUUUAUAUACAAUAUUUGUUCUACCGGCUAGCGAAAAUAUGCAAAAUAGCCUCGUUAAUUCUAACCAUGUUUUGUUGUUGUAUCUGCAUCUAUGUUUCCAGCUUUAAUGACUAAACUAAAGAGUAAUACUGCAUUCAAUAUGAUUUUUUUACAUGUAUGCAUAAGGUUUGAGGUUUUUAUGAA